CUGCACUCAGAAUGCUCAUUGCCUGGGCAACCUGGCCAGUCUCUUGUGAGUAGGUAUGUGAUCUCCAUAUCCUUGAGGAGGUCAGAAUAUGGAGAACUUCUCAUUCCUCAGCAUCUCUGGACCUCGAAUCUCUUCCUCUGCCCAGAGCACUUUUCCUGGCAUUUUGUCUUCAUGUGCCACCAGCUUGCCAGAUAUUGCAAAGCCAACGGUACCCAAGGAGGCUGCCAACCCAGCUCAGUCCCUGCCACUCCAGUACCAAAGGAGCGCUCUCCGGCAUGGUGUGCAUAGCAUAGUGCCCCUCCCAGACUGCAUCUCAGGGGAAACUCCAAACGGGAAGCAGCUGAGGCAGAACUGCAUCAUCUACCGGCCUUGGUUCUCCCCGUACAGCUACUUCGUACGCCUGGACAAAGAAAGCCACCUGGAGGCCUGCAGCCUCCCAGAGGUGGAACAGGUCGAGUGUGGAGGGGCCAGCAGCCUUCUUGAAGAUGUGGCUGACAGUAGCUGUUCCUCUUCUUCCUCUCCAGAGAACACAUGUCCCCUGGAGUCCACCAGAAAAGUCAGGCAUAGCCUGGACUCUGUGGAUUACAUCACAUCCCAGGACAUCCUAAUGGCCUCCAAAUGGUACCCAGCCCAGCAGAACGGCUAUAAAUGUGCGGCCUGUUGUCGCAUGUACCCUACUCUGCAUUCUCUUAAAAGCCACAUCAGGUGGGGGUUCAAGGAGGGCUUCAGCUGCAGGGUGUAUUACCGCAAGCUCAAAGCCCUCUGGGGCAGGGAGCAGAAGGCCUGGCCUGGGGAUAGGCUCUCUUUGGGCAGCUGCCAGGCCUUCAAGUAGUCACCUCAGGUAAAUAGGAGAUGAAGCCUAUUGAUGUCUCUGGAGAGAUGCCAAUAAAUCAGUCACAGCCUUCUGUCAAGUCUGGGGUCACCUUGUGCCACCUGCCAUCCUUCCCAGGGCCCAUUCUGUCCUUAUUUCCUUCAUCUAACAGUUGCUUAGCAACACCCGCCCUACCUCCUUCCAUGCCUCCUUCUCGCCUUCUCUACCCACCCCCUCCCUUCUCUCUGAAAUAAAGACAAUGCCUGAAGUUUGGGAA